CUGUGUGAAAGCAUUCGUUGUUCUGGUGGACCUCACCGGCGGUCGGACACAUGAAUCAGAGGGAUACUGUCAUUUAGUUAAAGCAUUUUGUGUCAUCUGGCAGGAGUCAGAACCGCUCACAGAGAAAGAAUAAGUUUGGGAGCUUUCAACAAAAAAAGCUGCGGAAUAGUUUUUUUUUUUGAAGAAACUAGAUCAACAGAUUAGAUCAAGGACGCCCACAUGCUUCAGCAUCAUUUCCAGUUUCCCUUGAAGAGGAAUUUGGCACAUCAUUGUGAUAAAAGGGAUGAAUGAGGGCCGCUCUGCUCUCCUCAGAAGGUGUCACCUUGCCUUGUCCAAGACUGACACCCUCAGCUCUACAGAUGGCGAUGGCGGGGCUGCACAGCCUGAGAGCGACGCAGCGUUACCCCUGUGUGAACUCUCAGGCCUGUUUGAGAGCGAGGACGGCACCCCGUCAACUCAGGACACGAGUCAGGGUUCAGCCGCGGAGCUGGUUCAGCCUGGCCAGCCCGCGGACAGCAGACAGAACCUGCGGAUGAAGUUCCAGGGUGCUUUCAAGAAGGGCAUUUCCAACCCUAUGGACCUAUUGGAAUCAACUAUAUAUGAGUCAAAUGUGGUUCAAGGCCCCAAAAAAGCACCCAUGGACUCGCUCUUUGACUAUGGCACCUACAGGAACACUAGCAACCAGAAGCGACGCAGGAAGAAGCUCCCAAGAGGUAAAACUGAGAUGUCCUGUGAUGAUCAGGUCGAUCAAGGCUCAGACCCCCCAAAAGUGAUGAAAACAUUCAACCGCUCUCUCCUCUUCGACUGUGUGUCACGUGCAGACAGCGAGGCCCUCGAGGGCCUGUUGGAGUACCUCCAAAGUCAUGAUAAGAGGUUAACCGAUGAGGAGUUCAGAGAGCCAUCCACAGGUAAGACCUGUCUGCCUAAAGCGCUGUUGAACCUUUACGGUGGGCUGAAUGUGACCAUCCCUCUGCUGGUGGACAUUGCAGAGAAGACCGGAAACCUCAGAGAGUUCAUAAAUACGCCCUUCAGGGAUCUCUACUACAGAGGCCAGACGGCGCUCCACAUUGCUAUAGAGCGACGCUGCAAGCAGUAUGUGGAGCUGCUGGUGGAGAUGGGAGCUGAUGUCCACGCUCAGGCGAGGGGACGCUUCUUCCAGCCCAGAGACGAGGGGGGCUACUUCUACUUUGGUGAGCUUCCUCUCUCAUUGGCUGCAUGCACUAACCAGCCUGCCAUAGUGCACUACCUGACUGAGAAUCCACACAAGAAGGCUGAUCUGCGGCGCCAGGAUUCACGUGGAAACACCGUGCUGCACGCCCUAGUGCACAUCGCCGACAACACCAAGGACAACACGCGUUUCCUCACAAAGAUGUACGACCUGCUGCUAAUCAAGAGUGCCAAGCUCUACCCAGACUGCAGCCUGGAGACAGUGCUCAACAAUGAUGGCAUGUCACCACUCAUGAUGGCCGCCAAGCUGGGCAAGAUAGGGGUUUUUCAGCACAUUAUCCGGCGUGAGAUCAAAGACGAGGAAGUUCGUCAUUUGUCACGUAAGUUUAAGGACUGGGCUUAUGGGCCAGUGUACUCCUCCCUCUAUGAUCUGUCUUCACUGGAUACGUGCGGAGAGGAACCAUCUGUGCUGGAAAUCCUCGUCUACAACAGUCGCAACGAGAACCGCCAUGAGAUGCUGGCUGUGGAGCCAAUCAAUGAGCUGUUGAGGGCCAAAUGGCAGAAGUUUGCUGCUGUCACCUUUUACAUCAGCGUGGUUUCCUACCUCACCACCAUGAUCAUCUUCACCCUAGUGGCUUAUUACCACCCAACACAGGGAAAGCCUCCGUACCCCUACACAACAUCCUCUGACUACCUGCGUAUGGCGGGAGAGAUUGUCACCUUGGCAUCGGGAAUCUUCUUCUUCCUCACCAACAUUAAAGAACUCUUCUUGAAAAAGUGCCAGGGGGUGAAGUCUUUAUUUAUUGAUGGAUCCUUUCAACUGCUGUACUUUAUCUACUCUGUACUGAUUGUAGUCACCGCUGCUCUCUACCUGUCUGGCAUUGAGGCUUAUGUGUCCGUGAUGGUGUUUGCACUUGUCCUGGGUUGGAUGAACACUCUUUACUUCACCAGAGGACUGAAGCUCACUGGAACCUACAGCAUCAUGAUACAGAAGAUUCUUUUUAAGGACCUUUUCCGAUUUCUGCUGGUGUACGUGCUCUUCAUGAUUGGAUAUGCAUCAGCCCUGGUGUCUCUGCUGACAGUGUGUCCUCCACUGGGCACAGAGUGUGACGGGGGCUGCCCCACCUACCCCAACUGCAGGGACCCAGACACCUUCAGUACUUUCCUACUGGACCUCUUUAAGCUCACCAUCGGGAUGGGAGACCUGGACAUGAUCCACAGUGCACAGUACCCUGCAGUCUUCCUCAUCCUGUUGGUAACCUACAUCAUCCUCACCUUCGUGCUGCUGCUGAACAUGUUGAUCGCUUUGAUGGGGGAGACGGUGGGACAGGUGUCGAAGGAGAGCAAAAAGAUCUGGAAGCUUCAGUGGGCAACGACCAUCUUGGACAUCGAGCGCUCUUUCCCAGUCUGCCUUCGCAAGUCUUUUCGAGCCGGGGAGAUGGUGACUGUGGGGAAGAAUUGGGAUGGCACGCCUGACAGACGCUGGUGCUUCAGGGUGGAUGAGGUGAACUGGUGCCACUGGAAUCAGAACCUGGCGAUAAUCAACGAGGAUCCUGGCAAGAAUGAGACCUGCCAAGCCAAUGGGUUGCAGCAGAGCGUCAGAGCCUUGAGGAGAGACCGCUGGUCCACAGUAGUCCCGCGGGCAGUGGAGUUAAGUAAAGGUCCGCGGCCUCGUGAUCUGGUGCUAGAGAUGGAGCCGCUGACGCCCAGGCACUGACGCCUGCACAUGACUGGUGCUGUCCUUCUUAUAAGGAGACGGCAGAGAGCCAUCAGCAUCAGUGAGAUCACUCUGCAGGGGACGAUUUGGCCAAUAAGUGUACUCAUUUGCACAGAUCUCAUGUGUCUUCUGUUCAGAGAAAUCAUAGUAAAUAUUACAGUAAGACAGCCAGUGUAAUAGGAUAGAGAGGGCUGAGCACAGAGACACUAAAUAGAGUUAAAAACACUAACCCUGAGACAAGAAUUAAUGACACAGUGAGCUGCAAUUUGUUUUUACUUGUCACAUAUGAAUAGAAGAAAAAUGUACUGUACAUUUCAGACAUCAGUGGCUGAUCACUCAGGGAUUUAAGAGAGUCAAAAUAUGUUAGCAUUCACAGCCCAUUGUAGUGUUACACAAACAGAAUCAUAUAUUAUCUAAUAGCCAGCAGAAGCAUUAUUACAGUAGUAUUGCAUUAGCAGUGUAAAGAAAAGCCAUCUACAGACAUAAUCACAAUGGGAGAAAAACAUUGUAAUUAAUAUUCACAGACUUUUAGAAUAUAAUCAGUUUUUUAUUUGCUUGCUUUUUAUUUAAGAACUUUCUAUACGAUUAUGCUGUUUAAUGCUGAUUUGAAUGUUUAUAGUUCAGGCCAUUGGGGAUUCAGUGUAAACAGGAUAUAUCUAUUUUAUAAAGUAUAUAUUUCUCUCCAUUUUCUAUACUAUGUUAUUAAAAUAGUUUCAAAACUAUGAAAGUGUCAGGCUUGGACUGCCAGCUCGGGCAGCACAGCUUUCAUAUGAACUGAAACAAUGCACUAUGACAAUUUCUGAUGUGUGCAUUAUUAUAUGAACACAAAGACAUUGUUCUGAGCAAGAUGGGCAUGAUGAGCAGGUUAUAGUUGUCAAGCAAAUAUGCAAAUGCGAGACAAUAGCUUUCCGUGUUAUGGUUUGUCUUUGAAUUUCCAGAGUUAUUGUUCCUUUGCAGCUGGGGUAUUUGCAUAAUCAACUCUCAGGCCUUGCCAUUAUGUGCUUCCCCCUAUUUGCUGCAGUGUUUUCAAUACAAUUGGCUCCUUGCCCUAUAUAGCAUAUUGUUUAUGCGCAACUACUGUAUACAUGCAUGUAUUUGUGUUAUUGUACUAAAUAGCAGGGCUUGAUUAAGAGCAGAUAGACUCCACAAUUUCAUUAAUUCAUUACUGUUGAAGGUCACAGGUCAUUAUUCACUAUGUUUACAUUGCUUUAUUAAAGAGACAUGUCUAUGCAUUUUUAUAUUGUUUGUACAUUGCUGCAAAGAACAAUAAACACUGA